AUGAUUAUUCACACUGGAGAAAAGCCUUUAUGCCCUCAAUGUGGAAAGAGAUUCAACCGAAAAGGAAGGCUUAAACAACACCUGAUAAUUCACAGUGGAGAGAAGCCUUUCACUUGCCAACAGUGUGGAAAGAGUUUCAACCGAAAAGGAAGCCUUGAACAACACCAGAAAACUCACACUAUAGAGAAGCCUUUCACUUGCCAACAGUGUGGAAAAAGUUUCAACCAAAAAAGAAGCCUUAAACAACACCGGAAAACUCACACUGGAGAGAAACCUUUCACCUGCCAGCAGUGUGGAAAAGGAUUCACUCAAAAAGGACACUAUGAAGACCACAUGAGAAUCCAUACUGGAGAGAAACCUUUUCACUGUCAAAAGUGUGGGAAACGUUUCAACGAAAAAGGAAGCUUUGAACAACACCUGAAAACUCAUACUAGAGAGAAGCCUUUCACUUGCCAACAGUGUGGAAAAAAAUUCACUCAAAAAGGACGCUUUGAAGACCACAUGAGAAGCCACACUAGAGAGAAGCCUUUCACUUGCCAACAGUGUGGAAAGAGUUUCAAACAAAUAAGUGGCCUUAAACAACAUCUUAGAAUUCACACUGGAAAGAAGACUUUCACAUGCCUUCAGUGUGGAAAGAGCUUCAGUUAUAAAAAACACCUUAAACUCCACUCAAGAAUUCACACCGGAAUGAAGCCUUUCACCUGCCAGCACUGUGGAGAAGGAUUCCCUCAAAAAGGACACUAUGAAGACCACAUGAGAACUCACACUGGAUAG